AUGAACGUCGGAGCGAAUGGAGGCCGUUUUGAUUUUGACGACGGCGGCACUUAUUGCGGAGGGUGGAAUGAUGGCAAAGCACACGGACACGGUGUUUGCACAGGUCCAAAAGGACAAGGUGAAUAUGCGGGUGCAUGGCAAUAUGGUUAUGAAUUCUCUGGCAUCUACUUAUGGCCGUCAGGAAACUCAUAUGAAGGACAAUGGAUGAGCGGAAAGCGACAUGGAUUGGGUGUUGAAAAGAAAGGAAGAUGGGUCUACAAAGGCGAAUGGACACAAGGUUUCAAAGGGCGUUACGGUGUGAGAGUAUCAGAGAUUUCUGGUGCUAGAUAUGAAGGAACAUGGGCAAAUGGAUUACAAGAUGGUUAUGGUAUUGAACUGUAUGCAGAUGGUGGUAUCUAUCAUGGUCAAAUACAACAAGGUCUUCGGCAUGGUUUUGGUAUACGACGGAGUGUGCCGUACGGCAUAGCGUCACGUUAUCGAUCAAAAGAUAUACGAGAUUCUCUGACAUCGCUUCGUUCCGAAGAUGACGAAGAACGAAUUCAACGUGAACGUGAUCGACGUAUGGAUGAAAAUCGCGGUGGAUUUGUUCUUCGUUCGAAAUCAGAUCCGCAUGAUCCAUCAUCAGCACGUAGUGUUAGUCAAGGUCCGCAUCGUGGUUCACUAUCGCAUAGUACAGAUCGUCGUCAUUCAUUGCGCAAAACACUUUUAGCUAAAUUACGUAAACAAAAGUCAACGAGUGACAUUGAAGAUCUGAAUCUAACUAAGAAGAAAAGUUCGUUUCGCUCAACGGCAAGCUCAACGAGUGGUGAUUCGAAACAUUCAGUUAAAACAUCAACAAUUAUGUCUUCUCAUGCUAAUACACCCAAUUCAAUUGGUGCAUUUGACGAUGGUGAUCAAUCAUUCAUUUCACAAGAUGAUAUACUCGAUAAUAAUGUGGUGGAAACGUACAUGGGAGAAUGGAAAGCGGAUAAACGUACUGGAUUCGGUAUAGCUGAACGCUCAGAUGGUCUCAAAUACGAAGGCGAGUGGUUUAAUAACAAGAAGAACGGUUACGGAGUAACUACGUUUCGUGAUGGAACCAAGGAGGAGGGCAAAUAUAGAAACAAUGUUUUAAUUAAUGAUAAACGUAAACCAAGUAAAUUAUUUCUAUUACGUGCAUCGAAAUUUCGUGAUAAGAUCGAUGCAGCUCUUAAUAAUUCAAUGAAAUCAGCAACGAAUGCCCAACAAAAAGCUGAAAUAGCUAUGGCAAGAGCAAAUAAUGCUCGCUCCAAAGCACAUUCAGCUGAAAUCUAUGCCAAGCAAGCUCGAAAUGAUAGCAUAGAAGCUCGAGUAGCAGCAAAAGCAGCUGCGCCCGACUUCCGACAGCCAGGAGAAGAUAAACCACAAGUGUUCAUACCGCUCGAUAUCGACCGACAAACAGAUGGUAAAUUAAUUACGAUCAAUCAUGUAGAUACCGGUCUACCUAACGGUCGUAUACCGAUACCAUCCAAUUUUAUACCUCAUACAACCCCGAUCUUACCGCCACAUGUUUCUCACCAAAAUCAAAACAAUCCAAUUACAUCUUCGAAUUUCACGCUUGAUGGUGGCGUUUAUCAAGGUCAACUACCAACAGCAGCUAAACCAGUGCAUGACGUGAAUUCAAACAUAAAAAUGAAUGGACUACCAUUGUCAAUGCAGCAGCAGCAGCAACAACAACAACAGCAACAGGAGUUUUAUCAUCAAAAUCAUACAAGUAUGUCGCCAAUACCCUAUAAUAAUAUGCCUGAUCCACGUACAAAUGCUUCCAUGAUACGACAAUACUCUCAACCGAACCAACCGAUCCGUAGUGGUAUAGUAACACCAGGAAAUUUCAGUUUCGAUGAUGACCGCGCAACAACAAUGUCCGCCAGCUUUGACUCUUCGUCAGCGCACGCUCCGUCUACUGCGCAAUUCGUACCAAAUCCUGUUGGUAUUGGUCCCCGUUCAGUACCAAAACGAUCGACGUUCAUUAGAACUCGUCAUGUUGAUGCAUCUAACGAAGAUCUCACUCAUGAUCUACAGCAACAACAACAACAACAACAGCACGAUUCGAUUCAUUCGUCGUCAAAAUUACAUGCUCCUCAAGCCAUACGUCAUACAUCAAGUUCUCGGACAAAAACACCACCACCUAGAUCGGGAAAUAAUUUUAACAUCCGACCUCCUCUUAUUCAUGGUGCAUUAGAUUCUCGAAAUUCAAGUGGCCAUGAUUCCGGUUUAAGUUCUGGUGGUGCUAGUUUCGAUCCUGAACAACAUCAUAUGUAUAACCUAACGAAUCCUAUGAAUACUGUACGAUCAAAUACACCUAUUAUUGAUGUAUAUGAAGUUCCGCAGCCAGUUCCUAUUCCCAAACGAAAGUCUCUUCCCAGCAUUGUUAAAACAAAUCCUGGUGCUUAUAAAAUUGAUGAAACAGCUCGGUCAAGUGAUAAUUUAAAAGAAAAAGAAACGUUUAUUAUCGAAAAUGGUAUACGUAAACGUGUUACAGCACAAGCACCAGCCUAUACAGAGAGUGGUUCGCUUGUACCACAAGCAUCUGUGAUGACAAGUAGCAGUGGUUCUCCUAUACUUGCUCGUCGUGUAAUUCUCGAAAGUGUAACUAAAUUGGACAAACCAUCAUCAACGACAAAUCAUACCGGUGGAAACAAACGAGGCAGCAUGCCGACUGUUGUCAAUAUUGCCCGACAUCGACAAGAAGCUCCAAGUAUAUCAAGAGAAGAAGCAACUAAACUUGGCUCUCAAAGACGGGAAGAAUUACGACGUCAACGUGAUUUCGAUUCAACUGCCAUUGGCCGUGUGAAAGCUCUACUACAGUCGAACAUUUCUACUGCUGAUCCAACUAUCACCGCCAAUCUGCAUGUAACCACUCAAGAGAUUUCUGUACAAACGGAUGAUGAUUAUCAUGGCAUUCAGAAUGUCUUCUAUCGAAAUCGAGUGUUUAUCGCCAUAUUUUUUCUGAAUUUAUCCCUUGCUCUUUGGUUUAUUCAAUUGUUAAGAUGA